CAGUGUUGGAGUGGCGAUGGAGAGCGGCACAGUGAGGACGUGGUGUCUGGCGGCGCUGCUGCUGCUGCCGCUGCUGCUGGGGGCCCUAGCGGACCGCGCGAGCGAUGACGAGGACGGAGCUGACGAUGCGGAAGACGAGUCGUCGACGGCGUCGUCGCUGGCGCAGAAGCAGGGCGAGCGGGUGAUGAGCGAGCAGGUGCUGGCCCUGCUGGACCACUUCCGGCAGGAGGACCCCAAGGGGCUGCCGGGCGCGCCCGUGCCCGAUCCCAUGGACAUCCCGGACAGCACCAAGUCCUUCACCGGCGCCCGCAUCACGCUCAAGGAGUCCAAGGUCUACGGCCUGUCGCAGUUCCGCAUCGAGCACGUCCGCACCAACCUCAAGGACACGCAGAUGUCGGUGGGUGUGAGCAUCGAGAAGCUGGAGGUGGUGGGCAGAUACACACUGCGCGCCUGGCUGUCGGGCUCGCACGGCCCCUACACAGUCACCAUGACUGGAGUCCAGGUGGAGGGCCUCGCCAUGCUGGAGGUGCAGCGUGACGGCAGCCUGGCUGCCGAGGAGAUACAGAUGGACAUCUCCUUCAGUGACAUCGACAUGAACUUCGAGAACCUCGGCUUCAUGGGCACCGUCUUCCAGGGAAUCCUGAACUCAGUGGGUACGUUCAUCUUCGACAGCAUCAAGCCCUUCAUCUUGAAAGAGGUCAACAAGAACGUGCGUGGCGACAUCAACAAGAACGUCGCCAAAAUUCCGCAGCGCUUCCCCAACUCCAUCUCUCCAUUUGACACGGCCAUGUUCGACGUCCGAAAGAAGAUUCGGGAGAUGGGCUACGAUCCCAUGGGAGUGCCCAACUUCACCUGGGAGGGCGGACACGGAACAGUUGUGGUGGAUCUCUCCGGGAUGAUGAUGACCGGUCUGGCCACCUUCCACCGAGUGGGUGAGGUGACCAUCGACAUGGAGCGCAAAGUGGUGAGCGCGCAGAAGCUGAUGAAGGUGCGCCGGCGCGUGGUGGCCGCCUCCAACGGCACGUCGGGCGACACGGCCGUCUACGACGCGGCCGACAACAGCACGGCGAACGCGGCGCAGUUCGAGGAGGAGGUGGAGGAGCUGGUGGUGUUCGAGCGCCGCGUCGACCCCGAGGACGAGAAGUGGGCGCGUGAGCCGGGCGUCACCUUCAUCGAGGAGAGCAACGUGCUGACCGCGCACGCGCAGGUCGGCACCAAGCGGCUGCGCGGCUCCUGCCACUGGGACGCCAGCCUGGCCGGGCUAGUCACCAGCUCGGGGCUCGCCAGCUUCACCGUCGACUACAUACAGGUGGCGGUGAGCGUCAGUCAGCCGCUGGACACCCGCAAGCGGCCCACGCUGGACAGCCUGCUGGUCCGCAUCGGCAACAUCCAGGCGCGCAUCGACGGGCUGGGCACGGCCGACUACGUGGCCGAGCUGAUCGUGAACGUGCUGCCCAACCUGCUGCGCCAGCAGAUCAUGUCCGCGUUCGCCGAGCCGCUGCGCCUGCGCGUCCAGAAAGAGCUGCUCUCCAUGGACGUGGACCGAGAGCUGCGCCGUCGCCUGCCCGAGAUGGACCAGGUGUUCUCCCAGCUGCAGCAGGAGCGAAACCAGUAGGCGGCCGUCUGCUCCAGACAGGCCCCCCACAACAGUGACACUGACAGCGAGGCUGUCCGACAGUGAGCUCACGUAUUACCCGACGAGGCCAACUGGGGUCCCAGCCAGAGGGUGUUCGUGACCGAGGAGCGCACUGUCCGAUAUUCUGGGAACAUCAAAGGUCUAGCAACCUUUAAAUCAUUGGCUGUACCCACGCCAUCGACAAUACUUUUUGCAUACUAUGUCUUGAUCUUCAUUUAUUCUCUGGUAAUAAGUGUGAAUCUACGUUUGGUCUAAACAAACCACUUAAGGGGGGCAGGACGUCAAACGUGCCGACUUGGAGCAUCACAGGACAUUUUAAUUUCCAGUGUCUAUACUUUUACAAAUAAAUUCGUAAAACUUUGUCAGCAUCACCAGGAAGGAUUCAGGA